GUUACUAUGUUGAGAAAUGUUAAACUCCUGCUAUUGAUUACGUAACUUCGAACGUUUUCGUACCUGUUAAAUCAUUAACAAUACAAUCAUUUUCAUAUGCUUUAACUGGACAAAUCUGCGUAUUACAGGAGUAAAAAGAUUGCAGUAAGCAGCGACUAUAUAAAGAUGGAAACUGUUCUAGAAAAUUUGGAAUUUUUUACCGAUGACGUCAGCGACUUUAAAAAUGAUCUUCAACGAAAACUUACUGAAGUCGAUCAGUCACGUGAUCAGGAGGGAAGCAAGAUUACACGAACGACGGGAUCAAUGAAGCUAGCUAUUAAAACAGCAGAAAAAAAACUUUUAACAGAAAAUGCCGAAUUGUUUACUGCCUAUGAACAUAAUUUACAAAAAAGUAUUGAAGCAGUAUCACAACUUGAGAAGGAAAUUACUUCCGUUCGUUCCCAAGCACAAAAUUGCCUGACUUCCGGUACAGGUAGUGGAUCGUCUGAAGACAGAAUGAUAUACAACAAGUUUGAUUCUCUGCAGACUCGUUUAGCUAGUCUCCAGAAGGGUGCGGUGCACCCUGUAUUUCAACCUUGUGAAGAUAAUUUGUCGAUUGUUAAGCAUAUUGAUGUGGGGAAAUUUGAGGUGUCGGGUGCGAACCUUGUGCCACCUAUAAUUGGGUUUCCUACUAAACGCAGUAAAGACAUGAAUCCCUGCUUUGUUACAGGAUUUCUUUGGGCCAAUCACAUGUUUGUCGUGUCGGACAAAGGAAAUAAGAAAGUGAAAUUCUUUACAGAAUACGGCGAUUUUCUCGGCGAAUUAAUGUUUACCGACGCAUCGCCAUACGGAAUUUGUCAUAUGAAGGACACCUGUGUGGCGAUUACUUUGCCUAAAGUCAGGCAGAUUUACAUCGCACAAGUAAACAACAUGAAAGCAGAAAUACUAUCCAGUUUUUAUACUCAUGUGGGUUAUGCCGGUUUAUGUAAAGGACAUGACGGGUAUACUUUCAUCGCAAGUAUGGCGUCAAAUACGCCGGGUGAAUCGCAAGUUGAUAUUAUCGGUUUCAGAGGAGAAGUUUUGAUGUCUUUUAAAAGCGACCCAAAACUUCAGACACCUUUAUUUAGCUUUCCAAGAUAUGUAGCAGCAUUUCAAGGAGCGCUCAUCAUAUCUGACUGGAGAAAAGAUUGCGUCAUUUUCUUGCACGUUGCAACCGGAAGUGUCCUAAAGGAAUAUCGCGGAACGAAAGAAAGUCCUCUGACUAACCCGUAUGACAUUGCCUUGGAUAAUCAGGGGAAUGUCUAUAUUCUAAACGGUAAAGAUGGCACUGUCCAUGUUGUCGAUACGCAAUGUAAUCUGACUGACGUCAUUAGGGACACAUCAGAGUUGCUAAACCCUAGACUUUUAGCCUACAACGACGAGGCUGGACUUUUAGCAGUCACGUAUGGUGCUGGUGAUAUAAAGACGUAUUAUCACCGCGUACCGUUGCCGGAGACAGCAAAACCUUCUAUCUCGUCACAUGAUACCCCGGCGUUUCUUUCCCCUCCAAUUCCGGACGCAACUGCACGAAGUCCAUCACCGGCAUUUUAAAAUGACCAGCAUGUUUGGAUAAUUACAGUCUAUGAAAACAAUCCAAACAGAGUAAAUACUAUGACGCUGAAUAUAACGCUUAAUUUUUAUGUACAUUGAAUGUGAUUUUAUAUAUACUAUAAAACUGAGAUUAGUUUUUUUUUGUCACAUGGUUGCUCGCCUAUUAUAAACGUUAUAAGCUUUUGGCUACUGAAAGGACAUAAUUACUUUGUCACUUGUACUCAAUUCAGUUGAAGGAUCAGAUUCAUCCGCUAUCUUUGUACAUAUGUAUAACGUCAUGACUAUUUUUAUUGUAAUUCAACCUAGUUAAUCUUUGAAUACAUUACUAAAACUGUGUUUUAACAAAGAGAGCGCACCAUUCUACAGGUUAGUCACCAGGUCAGUCGUCACCUUACAAUAACAAUACAACACAUACAAUCAAAUACAAUAUGAACAAUUUUAACCUAGAUGAAGCUAAACAACUACCACCAGAUGAAAAACGAAAUAUGAUCCUUGAAUCGUUAUCAAACUUUGGACUAUUGAAACUAGGAAUUGACAAUAUAGAAGCUCAAAUGUAUGUUAAUUAUGCAACACACGAAAUUACUGAUUGUGUUUGAGAUUGUUAGACGAAGACUCUUAACAAUAUUGUCCAAUCAAACUGGUCCAGAGGGAAAAAGCCCGCUUAACAUCACAAGUCAAGACAAUAUGAAAAUUUGAGACGCCGUGAAUUUUCGUCAGGAAGAGGAAGAAUGUCAAUUUUCUAUAGAAAUAGCGCAGUUACCCUCUAUUUCAAUUGAUACUGCACGAGAUCCCAACAUCAAACCUGCAAAUGCUUAAGGCAAGGAUUAGUACUGGCCGGGGAUGGUUUCAUCUUCGCCCGAAAUCUCUAGUGAUGCUAGUUCCAAUGACCACUUAUGUGUUGAAUAUAAGAAUGUUAACUGAUCUACCGUUUCUACUCCAAUAUUUCACACGUGUGUAAAAACUGUAUCCAGCUUCCAAGUACUUCGACUAUGUUAUCAUGUGGACAUGUUGACGAAAACCUAAUUUUUCUCUUAAAUAAUAACUUACCGGAAGACUUCAGUGUUACGCGUACAAAACCAAACACUGUGAAAGACCUAUGUACUGAUAACGAAGACUUGCAUGAAACAUAUGAAAGUACGGAACAUUACCAGUCUUAAUGUCUCGCAUCCAAUUCCCAGAAUUUAUUUUGCUAUUAGAUACAUAUGAUAUCCUAUGUGUACAAGAGGCUAUAAGCUAAAUGGACAUACCAGGUUUUACUUUUUAUUAGAAAAUUACCUCCGGAAAUCUGGUAUUGCUUUUUUGUUGAAAAUACUGUUGUUGACAUAAAAAGGUUUUAGAGACAUUAAAUGAGUAUGAUUUUUUUGGAUAAAAGUAAAAAAGUUCUUUAUUAAAAAGUUUCUAUGAC